UAUAGUUUUAGUUUAGUUAGUCUGUGAUGCUUUUGAUUGCUUUGAUUUGAGUAUGACUCAAAAGUAAAAUUAAAUUAAUAUUUUAAUUGAUAUAGUGUAAAAUUUAUUGAAUAAUUUAAUUGCUUGUUUAAAAUGAACAAAUGACUAAAUUGUAAUAUCCAAUGGCUUAUACAGAGAAGGUGUCGCUUAACGGCACCGCGCUAUCGUUUUUACUGUACGAAUGUAUGAAUUCCGCUAAUUGUCAGGAGGGAUUCCUUAUCGGCGAUGUGACUUCACAAAUUACUAACCACAUUAACGACUCACAAAAUGACAGCGCGCGUUUGGAUACUCAAAUCGUAAUUAGGACCGUGUUACCAUUGCCCUCAGUUUCGUUAUUUUACUUACCAACUGGUACGAUAAAGGAGGAUAUGCUAUCGGAACUACUUGCGUCUGCAGCAUCUGAAGUGGUUGGUUGGUAUAAGUAUAGAAAAAAUAGCAGCAUUAAACCUACCUUCCGAGACAAAUUAAUAUCUAAAGGACUACAAAAAUACUUUGAAAAGUAUCAUGGAAGGAAAACAUUUGUGUCAUGUAACUUAUCCAGUAAAACAUCUUCGGCCAGCUCUACUCACACUCUAAUUUAUAGGUUCGGGAAGAUUAACUGCUUCGACAUGUAUGAAUAUGUUGAGGAUGUAACAGCAAACUUGGGCGAAAAACUCACUGGAUACAAGAAAGCCAACAGAGUAUCACAACAUUGUAUAUUUAACAAAAUAGUCAAAGAGAGUAACGUCCAAACCAAUAACACAGAUGAGGCCAUAUUGAAAAUACAGGAGGCAGUGGAUGUGAGACUUACAAGAGAAGCCAAAAUAGCUGCAACCAAUGAAUGUUCAAUUCGAGAAUUGGAAGCAGAAAUCAAAUUAAUGAGCACCAUUUUGGCUGACAAUCAAGUAGCUGAUCUUGAAGCAGCAUACAAGAAAAUUGUUGAGGAGAAAUAUAUAAACAGAGAAGUUGAAAUGGCUCAAGCAUGCAUUGAGGCAUUAAAUACUCCUACAACUGUAGACAUACUGAGUGUACCUAAUAUUUUAAUUAGUAGCAUAAGUAACAACUUAUCUGACAGUCGGGGAUCUAUGCAUGUGCUAGAGAACAAUUUCCGAAAGAGUCCUUCGCCUGUACUGAUGCAGAGUUCUAUAAAAUCACCAAAAUUAAAUUAUGCUGCAGCGCUCAAGAAUAAUUCAGAUGCAGCUUCUACAAGUAAAUCCAAUUACAUUGAGGAUUUAAUAACCUUUGAUGUGGAAGAGAAUCACCAGAAACCUAUCGUUAAUAAUACACCAAGUCCAGGUGGUGGGGUAAACUUUGACACGGAGGACAAUUACCAGAAAUCUAUACUUAUCAAUGAUACACCAAGUGGUGGUAGUUCCCCUGAGUAAUGGAUGUGCCUUAUCUUUGUACAGAAAUGUAAUUAAGUUACCAUACAUACUAACAUGUUAACAAACCUUUUAAUUAUUCAUAAAUAACCAAUGAGUAAUGUCAUUACUUCGUUAAGUUUUAAGUCAUAACACUAUAAAGUUCCAAUGUACAGUAAUUCAUUAUUGUUUAAUUGACAUUUGUUCUAUAUUGAUCAUUUAUAACUAGUGUUUUUCAGAUAGCAUGGGUACAGUGACAGUUGCCUUAUGACGUUCAUAAUAUGUACUAUUAUCGUGAAUUGUGGCAAACUUUCAAGAGUGAAACAAACUGUCACCAUACCCAUGCUAUCUGAAAAACACUAAGUGUAUUUUCUCUUAACAAGAUGAGAUUCUACUUAAUUUUUCCUGUAAAUUUUGUACAUUUAUGUCAACAUUUUUAAUCAAUAGCGUUAAGCAAUCAUAAACCUGACUCCAUAUUAAUAUCAUUAAAUAUAUGGUAUAUUUAAUUAUAUAUCACUAUGUGGAAUUCUUGUACAUAAUUAUGAUGUAAUUUUAAAAUGUUUCAUUAACAAAAACAUUUAUGUGAAUUGUAAAAUGUAUUUUUGUAACAAAUUACAACUCAUCACAGACAGUUAGAUGAUUUUCAAUUAUAUCUGAUUUAAUUCUUACAACUA